AUGAACGCCCACCCUCUCGCUAUCAUCGAGGAUACUGGUGUGCCGGCCGGCGGCGCAGAUUCGCAUAAAGUGCUCAUCCUCAUUCAUGGCUGGGGGUUCCAGAGCAGUGUGUUCACGCGCAUGGCGCCAUUCGCCCAAUCUUACAAUGCACGCCUCAUCCUUGUCAACCGUCGCGAAUACCCAGGAACCGACCCGUUCACGAAAGACGAGCGCGAUCUCCUACUGGAAGCGCAACAGACUGACGAAGUCGGGGCUGCCGCCGCUAAGGAUGUGUGGACCGCUCGCGGAGAGGAAGUACUAACAUUGCUAGAGAGCAUCGUUCAGCAGGGAGGUGUGCCUGAACGAAGUAUCAUCUUGGCGGGCUGGUCCUACGCCGGACUCUGGAUGACUUCUCUUCUAUCUCUUCCACCUGCUGUCGCGAACCGUCACGAUGUCGGACGCUACAUACGACGCAUAAUCUGCUAUGAUACCAGCUACAGACGGCUUGGAUUCCCGGAUCCCGCCCCGUCGAUGUUCAGCCCAUUCACAGACAAGUCGAUCGCACCGGAAGAUAUACGAGACGCAUUCAUCCACUGGAUCACCGGAUAUUAUUCACAUACCAUUCCUCGUACCCCUGGCGUGCAUGCCAGGAGCAUCGUCGAUGGGCUGGAGCAGCGAAACGUGAAGAAGAGGACAUUAUUCACAGACGAUGAGCUGAGAACUGUGGUAGUUGAUGCGCCUGCUGACGUUCCCAGCGGCGGGCCGGACGUUCUCGCGUCCGUUGCUGCAGGGAAGCAUGGGAUACCUGCCAUGAACCUGGAUGCAGCCUUGCACAGUAAACAUUGUUCGCACGUGGAGCUACGCCAGGUCUGGGGAGACGCAUCUUUUUGGGAAGCCUGCGUCGGUGGCGUCGAAGUUGCCCGGCUGGUGCACGAGGACGGGAAACUUCCGAAGGGAAAGCUCGGUCGCCCUGUGAGCUCUGUGCGCUGGAUCGGAGCAAAUCACUUCGCACAUUGGAACUAUCCCGAGCGCACACUGCAAGGUCUCCUGGAGGAUGAUGUCGAAGACUGGGUGAUAACUUCUUGA